AGUAGUCCGCUUAUUUCCCAGCAACAGCAAAUUUACACCACCACAGCGAGCUCGCGCAUCACUCCCUUCUCCCAUCCAGGUAUCUACACCAAGAACGACAAGGAAAACACUCAUUCUUUCUGUCGCGAUGCCGUCACUCAAGGAGCAGCUGGACCAGAUGGUGAAGGAGGUGCAGCCGCAGGUCAUCGAGUGGCGCCGCCACAUCCACGCCCACCCGUGCCUCAGCCACCAGGAGGGCCCCACCGUGGCCUACGUGCAGGACAUCCUUCGCUCCUUCUCCGACAAGCUGAUCAUCACCAACCCCACGGAGCACAGCAUCCUGGCGGACCUGAAGGGCGGCGCCGGCGAGGGUCCGAUGAUCGCGCUGCGUGCGGACAUGGACGCGCUGCCGCUGGAGGAGCUGACGGAUGUGCCCUUCAAGUCUCAGAACCCCGGCGUGAUGCACGCGUGCGGGCACGACACGCACACCGCAAUGCUGCUCGGUGCCGCAAAAGUUCUCUGCGCUGUGCAGGACAAGAUGAAGGGCACCGUGCGCUUCGUGUUUCAGCACUCCGAGGAAGCAAGUCCCAGCGGUGCGAAACAAAUGGUGGCGGCCGGUGCGAUGCAAGGUGUGGACAUGGUCUUUGGACUGCACAACGACCCCAGUUUGGCGGUAGGCCGGGCUUCAUCACGCCCGGGCAUCGCCUCCAGCGCGGUGAUCGACUUCAACAUCACUGUGCAUGGCAAGGGCGGUCACGCGUCGGCGCCGCAGCUGUGCACGGACCCCAUUGUGAUCGCCUCCGACAUCGUGAUGAACCUGCAGACGAUCGUGUCGCGGCGCAUUGCUGCGUCGAAGGUGCCGGUGAUCAGCGUGACGACGCUGCAGGCCGGCACGGGCAGCUUCAACGUGAUUCCGGACACCGCGAACAUCCGCGGCACCAUCCGUGCUCUCAGCGAUGAGGGCGAGCGUGACGCGCCGCGGAUGCUGGAGAAGACAGCGAACGCCAUUGCUGGGCUGUACGGCGCGACGUGCACCUUUGAUUGGCCCGAGGUGGUCUACAGCAUGCGCAACGAUCCGAAGUGCUUCGAGAUCAUGAAGAAGGUGUGCAUGGAGAAGCUGGCCGAAGGGGAAGCGAGCUUCGUGCCUAUUAAAGAACCCAUGUUCGGCGCGGAGGACUUCUCGGAGUUCGAGCGGGUGGUGCCGGGGUGUUUUGGCAACUUCGGGGUGAAGAACGAAGCGAUUGGUGCGUGCCACGACUGCCACAACUCGUCGUACAAGGCCGAUGAAGCCGGCUUCGUGACGGCCACCCGCAUCCACGUCGGUCUGGUUGAGGAGCUUCUUAUUCCCGCAUAG